AUGUCGUUUUCCAAAACGCCUGACCAGUCAAUUGAACGUUCUAUGGCCCAGCCAUGGGAUACCCUCACCUUAAAUGCGCGAGAAGACGAGAGCGCGACAGCAGGAGGACAGCGAGGAGCGGGACGAAGAGACACAGCCACGACGGGCAGACGAGACCACACGCGAGCAGCGGAGGCGCCAGGCGCAGCGGGAGGGGGCGAGGCGGAACCGCAGCCAGGGCACGAGCGACGGGGUGACAAGCGGAGGCGGAGCGCGCUGGGCGGACGGACAGACGGAGGAGCGGCAGGGACGAAGCACGGCCAGCGACACACACACACGAGCAGCGAGCGACACGAGGGCGCAGAGCGAGCAGCAGAGGAGGCGACAAGCGAGAGCGACAGACGGGAAGCGACACACACCACAGGGUGCAGGCACAUGGGUGCGCAGACACCGGAGGGCAGGGCGAGUGCGGCGAGGGCGCGAGAGCAUCAUGCGGAGCAGCGACGCGACGAGCAGCGAGACGAGGCGAACGCGCAAGACCGAAGAUUGAUGAAAGGUAGCCAUAUUGAAGACCUUACUUCGUCGACAGUUUUCAUCGAAGAUGUGGAGGCAGCGUUGCAGCUUUUGGAAGGUCUCGUACGGGAAAAAGUGCACUGCAUCCAUGGCGAGAAGCUGGAAUAA